CUUUAGUAAGUACUUCCGGUUCGAGACAGGACGCCUCAGUUUAAAGCUUUAGGAUUCACCCUGGAUCCUGUCUGUGUUGGUCCUGUGAUACGAAGCCGAUAACCGAGGAGGAGUUCGCCCCACACCCUGACGCAGUCUGCCUUGUGUUUUACUUCAUGGUGUUAUUUGUUGACGUAGUUACACCAGGCGUCUGCACACAGGAAGGGAAUAAGAAAAUGAACGCACUGGAUGGGGACAUUUUAGACGUAGAAGGCGACCACAGCCGGUUCUCUUGUGUCAGCCUCAGCCGGGGGAGAGAGCGCUCUGGUCAGCUGCCGGAUGCAGCUCCGGUCCCGCAGCACGUCAGUCUGUCGGUGCCGGAAGGAAAGCUCGGCUGCAGGAGGGGGACAGGUCUGUCCUGCAGCCCGGGACUGCUGAAGUUAACUCAGCUGGAUAAAGGCAGUGCAAGCAGAGAAGCCAGAGAGACCGGAGACACGGCUGCCCCCGUCGAUAGAGGAUUCACCAUCGAUCCUCCUAAGUUUCGUAAGUUCGCGUGUAGCAGAGAGCUGACACCAGGGCCUGGUUUACUGCAGACCUCGAGCUAUUCGGCCCGAUGUGACAUAACCACUGUCCUCUCUCUCCUCUCAGUCCUGAAUACAGAGGCCAUGGAGGACUACCGAAAAAACCACUGGCCUAACCUAGAAAAGACUAUUGACAGACUGUUGGUUCACAACCCAACAGACCACAUCUCUGUGUCUUAUGCUCAGAUAUACAGUUACGUCUACAAGUGUGUUUGUCAGCAGCACUCAGAGCUGCUGUACAAUGACUUGAUGCAUAAAAUAAGUACCCACCUGCAACAGGUUUCCAUCUAUCUAGAGGCUAGCCCUCCAGAGAACAUCAUCGAGAACUUUAACGACGUGCUGAGCCAAUACACGGCCUCUCUUCAGUGUAUAGUUCCUGUUUUUAUGUACUUGAACAAGUUCUAUGUUGAGGCAAAGCUAAACAGAGACCUAAAACAGGAUCUGAUGAAGUUGUUUGCUGAUCACGUUGCAGAAAAGCAUGUGAACACAUUGAUAUCUCUUCUCAUACAAGCUAACUCCAUGCCGUUUCAAGUGCAGCCGUCUACAAUGGCCAGUGUGGUGAAAGGCCUCCACAGCCUUCAACCAGAGUGGGCUAAAUUAGCCCCAGCUCUCUUCUCUGGGUUUAUUCCUCAAAUCAACCCACCUGCUGAGGAGUCUCUGUUAUCUGAUUACGCUUCAUAUGACCAGAAGUUACAGCUGGAGCUCUCAAUGAACGGAUUUUCACGAGGUGACCAGUCUCGCAAACGGACCAGUGAUGACUCGUAACUGUAGAGCCAUUGUCUCCAGAAUCAUCGUGUGCCUCACAUCUUAAUCACAAAGUGUCUCGGUGCAAAAGUUAGUCAGUUGACCAUGUAUCAGUCCCAGCUCUCCUGACAGGUAACGUUACACUGUGGACCACAGGAGAACAUCAUGUGAGCUGUUGAACACUUUAGUUUACUGCACUGAAAAAAGCACACAGACUUCCAUAACAGUGCUCAUGAUGCAUCCAGCUUCAGUCUUUGUGAAAUGCUCCUGGGAUUGUUCUCUUCUGAAGAAAGCAUGCCGUGUUUUCUUCUGGUCAGAGAUCCUCAUGAAGGAUCGGUCAGUAAGAGGUGGAACAUCCCUGAUCUUUGAUGUUCUGGGUAAAAGGAGUCUUUUGUAUUGCUCUCAGUGAAAAUACGACACAUGCCCUCAUGAUGUGUGCAGCCCAGUGACUUCACUUUAAAAAAGAGGGUUUGGAAAUACAUGAAACGAGGCGAUCAAGUGAUUGACUUUAACUUUAAGUCUUUUCUGCAUGUUGCUCUUAUCUCAUCAGUAAAGUUUGUAUUUGCUACGAUGCCAAAGAGGAUUUCAGUUCUUGUUUCAGUUUGUAAAGCACUGGAGUAAAGCUAACUUAAUGUUGUAUACAGUCUGCAUCACUGAGCCAUCUGCAUUGUCAUGUAUGUAUUGGAGAUUGAUAACUGUGAUAUGAAGAUGAUGAUAAUGAUGAUGGUGAAGUAAACAUUUUUGUACGGUUCAUGCACCUCAAGCAGUCACACUGUAACGUUGUCCGGUGCCGAUGCACGUCUCUGGGAGCAGAAGCUGACUUCAUGUAGCCAGUGUUUGAUGUGACGACGACUUCAAGCCAAGUCUUCCUUCUGUUUACAGAGUCGACGUGCGGCACCGGAACAAACCAAACUCUGUUCUUUCUUGGUUUAUUACAUCCCUUGGAGUUGCGCUUGUUCAUCUGUUUCUGGUACAGCAGCGCAGAGAUCAAAAAGUGACCUAUGCCAUGCCCCUCUGUAGCUAGUGGCCUGCCGCGCCAUGUCGCUGCCUUUGCUGCUCUCUACCAUCAUGUCGCUCCUUAUUCAAACACACUAAAUAAACAUCAGUUCUGCACUUGAUGGGCCUCUAAAUAAACUCCUCAAGAAAAGUU